CUUUUCCUAACCCUAAAGCGUCAGGAGUGCCAGGUUAGUUUUGCUGCAGAGCUUCACUAUCAGAGAGCCUAAAUACUCUGGGGAAAACCUAAUCGGUUGCUUAUCUACUGGAGGGAGUGAGUGCAGAAGACUUUACAGACAACUGGAGAACGCACCCGGCUGCGAGCUGCAGAGGCCAGAGACACCUGGACAAUGAAAUUCUUCUAGCAUAAAAAAACCUAAAGAGAAAAUGACUCUUAAAUAAUUACCAGAGCUUUCACUGCCCCUGGUGACUCCAAAGGGUGGAAGAUGCUGGAUAAAGCCACCCUGCUCCUGUUCCUGCAUUUAGUCACAUGCUCCAUCUCCUCUCCUCUCUACCCAGCUCUCAGGUACAGUCCAGGGCUGGUUGCUGGCAAGGCCAUGAACUUCCAGCUACAGCACAGCAGCCCAUUGCAGAGCCAUAACCCCUCAGCAGAGGAACAGGAGGAGGAGGGUUUAUUAACAGACCCCACUAACAAAAGGACGCAGCGCCACGCGGAUGCCAUAUUCACUGACAACUACCGCAAGUUCCUGGGGCAGAUUUCUGCCCGCAAGUUCUUACAGACCAUCAUUGGCAAACGCCUCGGCAUAAUGGCCCCAGGCUCAGACCCAGCAGGUUUACUCACUGUGCUGCUCAGCGUGAGCCAACCUCUGAGUGAGGGAUUAAGAAGCAUCUUUGAAACAAAGGUGUUUCUCUCUUUGCAUAACAGAAGCAGUGAGAGCAGCCCAGGAGAAGGGGUGCAUGGAUUCCUGACAAGGCGCCAGUCUGACAGCAUCCUGAUGGACAGUCGCUAUCACCAGCACAUGGUUCUCUUGGACUUCCUGGGAGCCAUUCUGCAGAAUCAGAGGCCUCAGGACAUCUCCAGCAGUCAGUUAGAAAGCUUUCCCAGCACCCUGGCUAAGCUCAUGUAAAUAUUUCUCCCUUUUUCAUCUCCCCAUGCUCUGAAUAACUCAGAGCUCUUGGGCCUGACUGUACAGUAACCUCCACAGCAAGGAAGACAUUCCCAGGCGUGAGCAGCUCGAAACUGAUGCAUAUGCUCCUCAGAUCUGUUCAAAGGAACACAGUUCUGAUGCAUUGCUUCAUUUACUUCAGUCUUUAGAGUCUCACUGCCCUCUCUAAAUACUGGUCUGAGUACUGAGACAAAAACCCCACCUCCAUGGCUUAACCUCGGGCUGCUUUACAUACAAAACCUAAACCAACCAGUACACUUGUGAU